GUUUGCAAUAUAAACAAACAGUGGAACAGUCGAAUUUCGAAAAAUUGGGACUACAGCAUGCUUAAUUUUGAUGUGUUAGAACUUGGGUUGUCGACUUGGAUACAUCUGGCUAAAAUCUCAGCACAUUUUUUAAAUAUGGUCGUUUUUUGUUCAUAUGAAUUGCAUAUAUAUGUAUAAUUAACUGCCUCUAUGUGUGUGAAUGAUGUGAAAAGAUAGAGAGUCAUCUAUUUGGCUGGCGGACGUUCGAAAAGAUUCAAAGACGACUACACAUUUGAUGCUUUAGCGCUGUAGAACAAAUAUAAACUAAAAGAAACGUUUCUAAGUAUGCUCUACCUUUAAUAAGUAGUAGUGUAAACUUGUUUAGUUUACAAAUUUAAGAAAAGAUUUGUUUGAAAUAACACAGCCUCUAAGUGAGUAACUAGAUAGUUUUGCUAUGAAGCAGGAAUAAGCCCAAGUGUUGUUUACAAGGAAGUCGAAGGCAUGUCAGCACUAGAAUUCAGUAGCUAGAAAAGUACAAUGGAGAUCAAUUCCAUCGAGGAGGACGUAAUAGUGACAGUGGAAUCCCUGGUUAACAAGGUAUCAGAUAUGGCGGCCCUACGGGCUAUCGCCGAUGAAGAGUCGACGGACGAGGAUACACUGCAAGAGAGUUCGGCAAACCGAAAACAGUCAGCAGGUGAUUCACCGCAUGACGACAGCGAUUCUGAAGAAAUUACUUCGUCUCUUUUGCAGCUGAUCGAGUUGCCUGCCGGGAUCUUCGUUUUCAAUGCUAGAGAUAUCAGCAAAUUACGUUUGACACAUCGAAUCGUCGGCUCAAUGUGCGGUCCACUGCAGAGCCAGCCUGGUCAUGCACAGGCAGCUCCGCCAUUGAAAUUGCGCCCUGAGGAGACUCGACUCCUGCUCGAAUGUGGCAUCGCCACGUUAGUUUCACCAUCAACUCUCAAUUGCGUUCCACCGCAGGAAAAAUUAAAGGCCUUCGAUCAAUUCAACCGUCGGUUACAUGAAGUGUCGAACAUAGAGCGGUACAGGGAUAAACUGCAAGCUGUUUGUAACCCACCUCAUCGACCAAGGAUCCUCAAGAAACGCCCUCCUAAUCCUAGUGGAGUUCCAUACCAGCCGAAACCGUAUGAUGAAAAAGACCCGUUUACGGUGCAACUAGUGGAUACUCCUUUCAGCACCACUAUGUCGGUGUCAUCAUUGCCGUAUAUUAGAUCAAUUUCUAAUUCACCUGAGGCUGAACUUCGUUACCAGGUGUUUCGUGAACUCUGGGAUCAGGGGAACUAUAUCGGUGGAGCUUCUAAUUUCGGUGCUGACUUUCUCGUUUAUAGAGGUGAUCCCUCAGCUUAUCAUGCGUAUGCGUGUAUAAAAUGUUUACCGGUAGGAUCGAGAGUAACGGCGGCUGACCUGGUGCGCUAUUGCCGUAUCAGUAAUACAAUCAAGAAAAAUUUUGUCUUUGCUUCUCUUGUUAAUCACCAUGUUCGCUUUGUCACCGUAACGUGGGAGGUAUAGAAGUAGAAUUAAGCUUGAAAAAACUUCGUAUUAAACCAGGAUUACUUGAUACUUGUAUAGAAGCUAGUAAGUGAGAAUAGUUGCAAAUUUCAUAUGUAAAAUUAAUAAAUACAUAUUUCAUAUACCAUACAAUUCUAAAUAAUCUAUCUAACGCGACACUUAGAUAGGCUAUAAAAAACAAUUUUUUUUAGUCAUAAAACUCUCCACCUCUACUCAUUAUCCUUUUAUUAUAAUUAUUAGCCUAUUAGCUUUGUGAUUAAUUCACUUAUCGUUCAUGUCGUUAUAACUAUUAUAGACAUUUCUAAGAUUACUGUAAUGAUGGUCAGUUUGAUAUAUUCAGUACGUUUUACUCCUCGCUUCUCUCAUUUUUUUCUGGACCUUUCUCACUUGUAACUUAAUUAUCCUCCUCCGCUUUUCACUUGUUUUGAUUAAAUAACAAUGUCGGAAUGUCUGGAAUACUUGGGAUAUUCUAGCUUGUUCAUCAUCGUUUGUUGUCGUUAAGGCGUAAUAAAGUCAACCGAAUUAGAGCUCACUCGUUGCAUUAAUCAAGUACUUUUAGGUAGCAAGCUCUUCCUCUUCAAUAUCCAUUUUCUAGUUACUUAUUAUUCUCUAUAGAAUAAUAAUAAUUAUUGUCAGUUAUUAAGUCUUACCAUCUUUCUUUCCCUCUUACAUAUCACCCUUUUAUCCUUUAAUCAAUAGCUUUCACUCUGUUUCUUUCUUACGUCUUCUCGUGAUAAUUACGAUAGUAAUAACUGUCAUAUCUGUCUAUUAAUAUUUAUACUGGGUGUGAUAAUACUUUUAGGAAUCUCCUUCCACGUUUUUGAGUGAUUACGCAAAAGGCUGUGCCUUCGACGAUACUUCAGUUGCAAGCGUACCUCAGUUAGUUAGCUCAGUGCGAUUGAACCUCUAUUUACUUGUGAAAGUGUCCUAUAGGAAGCUAUUAAACGAAGAAAAGUGAAGACCUACAUCUAAUCGACUCAUCCGUCAUGCGUUUUGCUAAAAAUAGUAGUCACCU